AUGAUAGUGAAACGACUACUGACCAGCAUGGCUGCUAAGAGUAAUAUGGGAAUGGAUCAGAUUCAUAUCAAUAAUCUGGCAUUACAGACAAUUUGUGGACCUGAUCUAUGGACUAGAGUCGCACCUCAACAUUGUAAAAUAUCGCUGACGAUCAAUACUGAUUUCGCUAAAUGUUCUGCUACAGAUGAUUUAAAAUAUUCAUUAAAUUAUGCUGUAUUAUGUAGAGACAUUACAAAUCAUGUUGACUCAAAGAAGAAUUGGGGUCACAUUGACACAUUAUCUAAAUCCAUCUUUAACUUUAUUAGUGAGAAAUAUCAACAAAGUAUUGAUUCAAUGAAAGUGACAUUAAAAAAUGAAGAUUGUCAUUUAAGAACAAAGAACAUUGAAAGUGUUAUACAGAGUAAUAAUGUAGAGAUAUUGAAUAUUAGAAACUUGGAAUUAUUUGCCAUCAUUGGUAUUUUCAAUUUUGAAAGAUUACAACGUCAAAAAGUUUCAUUAGAUCUAUCGAUCAAGAAUAAAACUCUUAAUGCAGAACAAUCAUUGAAUAUUCGACCAAUUAUUGAUGACGUUGUAACAUAUGUCGAACAAUCCGAUUUUAAAACAGUAGAAGCGUUGAUCGAAUCAGUUGCAAAAGUAAUACAUCAAACUAUGGAGACAGAUAUAAUUAUGUCCCAUUCCGAAUUAAUAGAUAUCGCUGUUAAAGUGACUAAAUUGAGUGCAAUAACUGAUACGGAAGGUGUUGGUGUGAGCUGUGUACGUAGUGCAGAACAAUUGAAAAUACUAGAACCGAUUGAUAUAUUACAUAAUAACACAAGGGGAGAGACGUUAUUAUAUAACAAUUCACAGAAUAAGGAAAAUGUAGACAUUCAAACAAUUAACAAUGGAAAUUGGGCAAAAGCAUAUUUAGCAUUUGGAUCAAAUAUAGGGAAUAGAAUGGAUUAUAUUAGACAGGCCUUGGAAUUGUUGAAAAAUGCACCGGGAAUUAAGUUCACUGCUGUAUCAUCUGUGUUUGAAAGUGAACCUAUGUACUUCACAGAACAAGAUCAAUUUUUAAAUGGUUGUAUCGAGGUGUCGACAAGUUUAACACCUGCUGAUCUAUUGAAACUUUGUAAGAAAAUAGAAUACCUGGAAUUAAAGAGAACGAAAGAUUUUGAGAAUGGCCCAAGAUCCAUUGAUCUAGAUAUCAUAUUAUAUUACGAUGCAGAAGGUAAUGCUGUGCAGAUCAAUGCCACUGAUUUAGUUAUACCUCAUCCACGGAUGUUAGAAAGAACGUUUGUAUUAGAACCCCUAUGCGAAUUACUACCUCCUAAUGUAACUCAUCCAUUGACUAUCGAACCAUUAGUUGACCACUUACAACAGAUAUACGAUUUAAACAAACCCGAAGAUGUAUUAUGGAAAGUCAUUCCCUUGAAUAAUAGUGCCAAACAAUCGAAGAUAGAUAGAUUUCUAAAAUUUAAGAGUGUCUUGAAACGUGCUGAACUUACACAGACAGAUAAUCGUGUUACAGUUUCUCCAACUUAUGUUAUGGCAAUCAUGAAUACGACUCCAGAUUCCUUUUCUGAUGGUUCUCGAAAUUAUGCCGAUAUAGAAGGUCAAUUAUCAAAAGUCAAAGACAUAUGUGAUGAUGUGUUGAAACAUUAUGAAAAUGUCAUUAUCGAUAUCGGUGGCUGUUCUACUAGACCAAAUUCUAAGCAAGCUACAGAAGAGGAAGAACUCAAGCGUACCAUCCCAUUGAUUGAAUUGAUAAGAGAUUCCAAAGAUUUACCUCAGGACAAAAUCAUAUUAUCUAUUGAUACGUAUCGUUCCAUAGUUGCUGAGAAAGCAAUCAAGGCUGGUGUGAAUAUAAUUAAUGAUAUAUCUGGAGGAAGUUUUGAUAAUGAAAUGUUUAAUACUGUGGCUAAACACCCUAAUGUCGCUUAUGUACUUUCUCAUAUUCGUGGUGAUAUUUCAUCAAUGACUCAAAACGCCCAAUAUAACACGAAAGAUGAAUAUAUUCCACCAAACAGUAUUGAUUACAUUGAUAACAAUGAAUGCGAUGCUUCAAAUAAAUAUAUGAAUCUAACCAGGAUCAUUGGAUAUGAGAUGAGUGAACGAUACUCCAAGGCCUUAGAAGCUGGCAUACAACGUUGGCAAAUAAUUUUAGACCCAGGUCUUGGAUUUGCUAAAAAUUUGAAAGAAAAUAUAGAUGUCAUUAAACAAUUGCCAUUGCUGAAAAAUUAUUCUGUUUAUAAUGAUAAAUCAGCUUUGUAUGUGAAUUUUAGGAAUCUUCCAGUGUUGUUGGGACCAUCCCGUAAAAAAUUUAUUGGUACAAUAACUCAAGAUGAGAAUCCAAUUGAUAGAGACUUCGCUACAGGUUCUUUAGUUGCUGUAAGUAUUGGUUAUGGUACGGAUAUCAUUAGGGUGCACAAUGCCAAGGAAUGUAGCAAAUCUGCGAUUCUUGCUGAUACUAUAUAUAAACGUAUAUAG